AUGGACGCCCUGCGGCAGAACCGCAAGGCCGUUUUUUGGUCCGUCCUCAUUUCCAUGUCGAUCAUCAUGGAAGGAUACGAUACCAUUCUUAUCGGCAACUUCUUUGCGUACCCUGAGUUCGCCAAGAAGUUUGGAAACUAUUACCCGGAAGAAGACGAUUGGGAGGUCUCGGCUUCAUGGCAGACGGGGUUGAACAUGGCCAGCACGGUUGGCGCCAUCUUUGGCGGUCUGUUAAACGGCUUCUUUGCUUCGAGGUUCGGUUACCGCUGGGUCAUGAUUGUGGCCAUGGGCUUCUUGAACGCCUUUAUUUUUGUCGUGUUCUUCGCACCCAAUGCCGCCACAUUGGUAGGCGGCCAGAUCCUGUGCGGGCUCAGCUGGGGUGUCUUUGCGACACUGAGUCCUGCGUAUGCCUCCGAAGUCUGCCCAACGAACCUGCGUGGCUACUUGACGACAUAUGUUAAUCUUUGUUGGGCGAUCGGUCAACUCAUCGCCAGCGGCGUACUUCGCGGCUGCCUUCCCAUCGAGGGUGAAAUGGGCUACAAGAUUCCCUUUGCCAUUCAAUGGUUGUGGCCUGUCCCCAUCAUGCUGAUCGCGUACCUUGCUCCCGAGAGCCCUUGGUUUCUCGUUCGUACGGACCGUCUCGACGAGGCCAAGGCGGCGAUUGCCCGGCUCAGUGGCGAAAAGACGGACGAGCAAAUCAAUUCUCAGCUUGCGAUGAUGGUUCAUACUACCAAACUUGAGGCCGAGGUCACCAAGGGCGCCACGUACCUCGACUGUUUCCGCGGCGUCGAUCUCCGCCGCACAGAGAUCUGCAUGCUGACGUUCAUGGGCCAAAUCUUAUCCGGCUCCUCGUUUGCGUACACGCCGACAUAUUUCUUCACCACUGCCGGCAUGGAGACAUACAACGCUUUCAACCUCAGCCUUGGUGCCAAGGGGAUGGCCUUUCUUGGAACUGUCCUUUCUUGGUGGCUCAUCACCUACUUCGGCCGGCGAACGCUCUACGUGUCGGGCAUGGGCAUGCUCACACUCGUGCUGUUCAUCAUUGGUAUCCUCGACGUCUCGGCCGGCGAGCGGGGUCUCUGGCCAUCAGGAGGGCUGUGCGUCUUCUGGCUCUUCACCUACUCCCUCACCAUCGGGCCGCUGGCGUACAGCAUCAUCUCCGAGACAUCGAGUGUGCGGCUGCGGCCGCUCUCAGUCGUUCUCGCGCGCACUGCCUACCAGCUCACCAACAUCGUGUCGCAGGUGCUGUACAGCUACAUGCAGAACCGCACCGCCUGGGACUUUAAGGGCAAGUCGGGUUUCUUCUGGGGCGGCACAGCCCUGUGCGUCUUCGUCUGGGCCUACUUCCGCCUGCCCGAAAUCAAGGGCCGCACGUACGAGGAGCUGGAUAUCCUGUUUGCCAACAAGACGCCGGCGCGCGAGUUUUCCAAGGCACAUGUCGAUGCGUACGCUCUGUCAGCGCCGGUUGAAACGCAUGAGCACACUGUGAAGAGCGAGUAG